AGGUUUGAGUAUUUGUUUUUUGUUAUUUCUAUGGCGGAUACUGUCAGCAAGGAAGAGUUGGAUCCCUAUUAUGAGCAGAUUCGCCGCCUGCCUGUGAAGUGUUCGACUACCAUCCGUUUUUUCGAAAGAGAGAGUGGGCUCAUCACAGUGUAUGACAGUGACGCGGAGCUACUGGCACAGAAAUUUUUCCGCUCCAAUGGGGUGGUUAAGAAGUGGGGCAGUAGAAAUGUGAUUUACAUCAACCUCAGUCUGAACAACUUCGAGAGUGUACUGAGAGAGGCUCUGCUUUCUUGGCACUACAGAGUGGAGUUGUAUGUGAAGGAGAGUGGUGGCUGGGUGCUACUGAAGAAGGCCUCUCCUGGCAACUUGACCCACUUCGAAGACGACCUGUUCGGGACAGAAACCGACUCCACCGCCAAUGCUAGGUCUAAUGACUCAAUGGAUUCGAUUACCUCCUGCUUUGUGUCCAUCCGAGUUGUGGCAUCGUCCGAUUCGGUGGGGGGUGGCGGAGGACUGACGGUGGGAUUGGCCUUCGUUGAUGUCAUCUUGAGGGACAUAUCAGUGGUGCAGUUCUCCGACUCUGUCCAUUUGUACCAACUGGAGACAGUCUUGUUCAGAAAGGGACCCAAAGAGGCGAUUGUGGAGAAGGGGACGAUUGACAAGUGUCUAGCGGCAGUGCUGCAGAGGUCCCGCAUCCUCGUGUCAGAAGUGGCCCGCAAUGCUUUCGACAUUUCCAGUCUCACUCAGGAUCUCAACACCCUCCUCAUUCCAAGAAAAAAACAGCAGCCGGUGAGUGCGGCAUCUCUGCCCGAGAUGGAGUUGGAUGUAGCAUGUAAGGCAUUAUCUGGAGCAAUCAAACACUUAGACUUGGUGUCGCAAUUUGGAUCUCAGUUUAAACUGGGCACUCUGGCUGAUUUGAACUACAUGCGACUGGACUCCAGUGCGAUCAAGGCGCUGCACCUGCUCCCAGAUCCUCUGGAGGGAGUCACUAGGGACAAGUGUCUGUCAGGUCUGUUGGACAAGUGUCGCACUGGGCAGGGUCACCGUCUGCUGAGGCAGUUUCUCAAACACCCCCUGACGGAUGUACGACUGAUUGAGGAGAGGCUGGACUGUGUGUCUGUACUGGUUGGCAACAGUGACUUGAGGAGGCAGCUGCAUGACCAUUUGCUCCGCCGCAUCCCAGACGUCCAGAGGAUAUCUGCUCGGUUCCAGAAAAACAAAGCCAGUCUCAAGGAUGUUUACAAGGUGUAUCAAGGAAUUGAAGUGCUUCCCAAUCUAAUUUCGACGAUUGAGAGCAGCCAAUUGCAGGAGGGUUCGAAUGCGUCAGCCUUCAACGAGAAGUUCUUCCAGCCUCUGAGGGACGUCGCGUUGGAUCUAGGUAAGUUUGUGGAGAUGGUGCCCAAAGUGGUGCACUUGGAAAAGGUGAACGAGGGCGUGUUCAUGAUCAACCCCCACUUCAUGGAACACCUGAAGGACACUCACGAGGAGAUGGAGGCCAUGAAGGGGCAAAUGAGGGAGGCGCUUUGCCAGGUGGGCAGAAAGAUAGACAGGGAGCCGGACAAGGGCGUGAAGUUGGAGAACCACCCAAACCACGGAUACUGUUUCAAGGUGACAAUCAAGGAUGAUAAACUGGUGCGUCAGUGGGGGGAUUUGAAGUGGCUGGACAGUAAGAAGGACGGUAUCCGCUUCACCAACGACCGAAUGCUCAAAUUGAGUGCAGAUUAUUCGGCCAAGGCGAGUGAGUAUGAGGAACAGCAGAAAGAGGUGGUGGACAAAGUGCUGGAUGUCACCAAGGGGUACCUGGAGCCGUUGUACCGACUGAGUGAAGUGAUCGCAGAGUUGGAUGUGUUGACUGGGUUCGCUGUGUUCAUCAGCACAGCUAAAGGCACUUAUGUGCGGCCGCAUAUUCUUCCAGGGGGCAGGGAGUUGAGAGUGAGUGGACUGCGACACCCCUGCGUGGAGAAAGAGGACAAUGUCUACUUCAUACCUAACAACCUCACUCUUAAAAGAGACCUCGAGGAGUUCAUACUCAUCACAGGGCCCAAUAUGGGAGGCAAGUCGACCUUCAUCCGGUCUGUAGGCAUAGUUUGUCUCAUGGCCCAAGUGGGCUGCUAUGUCCCCUGUGACGAAGCCCACCUGUCUGUAGUUGACGCCAUCAUGGCCAGAAUUGGAGCGGGAGACUCCAUCGAAAAGGGCGUGUCCACUUUCAUGGCGGAGAUGGUGGAGACUAAUGUGAUUCUUAACACAGCCACGGAGAACAGUCUGGUCAUUAUUGACGAACUCGGAAGAGGCACUUCGACGUUUGAUGGAUUCGGACUGGCCAUGGCCAUAUCUGAACACAUACUCACCAGAAUAAAACCGUUCGCCCUGUUCGCCACUCACUUUCACGAACUGACUGCUUUGGCCAACAAGUAUGAUACGGUGAAGAACUACCACUUCACUGCCUCUGUGGAGAACAAUGAAGUGAUCAUGAUGUACAAAAUGAAUCCAGGAUAUUGUGAUAGUAGUUUUGGGAUCCACGUGGCAAAGAUGGUGAAGUUCCCCGAGGAUGUGUUGGAGGAGGCAGAGCGGAAGGCGCAGGAGUUGGAGUGGCCCCCCUUCUCACCAGAGGACGACAGGAUCAUGCACGAGUUCAUGCAAAGAGUGGAGGCAGUUGCGCAGGCAGACCACGAGGACCACGAAAGAACUCAUUUGGAAGGGGGGCAUGAUUUGGAACAGCACAAGAUAGACACGAUAAGAGAAAUGUACCAACAUUUGAUGCAGCAGCACCCAAACUCACAAGUCGCACAACUUGUUCGAAACAUGUUCUGCAAAGCAUAACUAAAGAGACUUAAACAACUAGUAAGACACUGUUCAGUGACUACGGCAACCACCCUCCACCUUUGUUUUGCUAAAUU